CGGAGACAUACAACACAAAAUACUCUCUUGUAGAAUAGAUGCUUGAGUGCUCUCUUCUUGAAUUUCUACGCUUGUAAUUUUGUUCAAAUUUGAAUUAUAGAGCAAGACUGAAAAGUACUUUUUAUGAUACUGAAGAAACAGAUGCUGAACGUUUAAAAGAAGAGAAUAGGCCACCAUUAGUUGAGGAAAAGGAUUGGAAGUGGCUUGUCGAGUACUUUGGUUCUCCUGACUUUCAGAAAAUGAGUAAACGAAACCGUGGCAACCGCUCAUGCUUAGAUGCUGGACACACUGCUGGUUCGAAGAGUUUUGCUCAAGUUAUAGAAGACAUGUUCGAAAAUGACCAUAUAAUGCCCGGCAUGUUGCAAGUGUACAAGAAGACUCAUACCCGGCGUGAUGAAACUCCUGUGACUAAUGUUGCCAAGGAAACUAUGUCAGAGAUAGAAAAGCUUGUUGAGCAACGUGAGCUAGGAGAAAUCAGUAUUACAGAUGAAGAGAUUUUUGAAUCAGUUAAACCUAAAGGUAAAUGUGGCCGUGAUCGUGGCAAGGGGGUGAGUCCGUCCAUUACAUCAUUGUAUGGACCAUUUAGUGAAGGAGAGAAAUUGCGUAAAGAGGCUGAAGAGGCCAAGAAAGAAGCUUAUGAGGCUAAGAAAGAAGCAAGUGAAGCUAAUGAGAAAAAUAAAACACUCACUAAGGAGUUAAACAGUUUCAAAAACGAGGUCAGAGUUAUGAAGGGUGUUAUGCAGAAAUUCUUUAACCUUAUGGGAGGUGAUUUUUCUAAGCUGAUUGCGAAUGAGGUUCAUAAGGAGAAUAAUCAAGAGAAAAGUGAUGAUGGUGAUGACAAUGAUGACCAUGAUGAUGAUGGAGAAGAAGAA